CACGUGAUCUGUAAAUUCAUUUUCAUUGGAUAAUUGCUCGCGUUUUUCAAUUUUGCUGCGUAAAAGUUAAGUUGUGCUCAACUUGUGCGUUUACGCGCUUGGAGGAUACGUACGGAAACGUAAGUGUACGCGCGUUGAAAAACGCAACAGUGGAAAGCAGCCUUAAGGAAAAAAUGGAUAACGAUUCCUCCUCACAACUUCGCGCCAGCAGUCGAUUUUACCUAAAAAUACCUCUUAGUAGUGCUCAUUCAAGUCACGCCAUUGGUGCCACGGCAACAGUUGGGCAGCGAAUGGAUUACCGACUGGUCACGAAAGUUUAUAGUUUGGUAAAACGCAAUGUAAUUAAAAUCUCAGAAGUCAAAAGAUGUCUUGAUCAAUACGUUGAAGAGACUUUAUUUCCACAAGACGGACAAAAGGCUACACCACACAAGACAAAUAAACGGUACUAUCCAAAUAAAAAGGAUAUUCGAAACCACGUAGCAAAAGCAAUAGAGUCCCUUAAGGACUGCAAAGACGAUCAAGAGUCCCUGCGCAGGAAGGUAGAAACCUGGAAACAGAAUUCUCCAAGCAGCAAGUUUUUCUACCGCACAAGAGAUAACGCUUCCAGAAACGAUAUUCCUCCAAAGGAGGAUAAAAAGUUUUUGUUUGUGCAUCAAGAGCAUUGGCAACAACGAAUGUUGAUUCGUUAUGGCGAACAAUUGUGUCUCAUGGACGCCACAUACAAAACAACAAAGUACGCAAUACCGCUUUUCUUUGUGUGCGUUCAUUCAAACGUUGGCUACAAAGUUGUGGCUGAAUUUAUGUGCCAGACGGAGACGACUAUUAUAAAAGGAUGGAAUCCAGUAUGGAACCCAAAAUAUUUUAUGGUGGAUUACUCAUUAGCAGAAAUAGGCGCGAUAGAAAAAAGUUUUCACGAUGUACAGUUUUAUGUUUGCGACUUUCACAGGCUGCAAGCGCUAAAACGGUGGGCUUCAGCAAGCAAGAAUGGAUUGUCAUAUGAACAGCAACAACACUUCCUUCUGCAAAUGAAAAAGUUUGCUAAUGUCAGUACCAAACAGGAGUACGACAAGGCAGUAAAAGAUUUUCGAGAGUCCAAAGUGUAUAAAGAAUGCAGCAAGAUGAGAGAAUAUGUUGACCGUACGUGGUUUUCUUGCGCUGUCAGAUGGGCACACGCUUUUCGAAAACAGCAAGUCACCAACAUUGUUAAUACUAACAAUGGCGUUGAGGCUCAAAACAGAGUCUUUAAAUACGAAUACUUACACCAAAGUAUUGACAAAUCUGUGUAUGGUAUUGCGGUGAUGUUGGUUGAAUCUUUCAUUCCCGAUGUUCUUCAGCACUAUUUGGAUGCAAACCUGCGACUGAGCAGCGCCUACUGCAAGUACAACCCAUCAAUCCCAGAAUACUUGCACAACAGACCUCCGCACUUUUUGAAAUGUUGCCUUAAAAAUCGAUACGCUUCAGCCAUUUUCAAACAGGACGACAUAACUCCGGUUAAUUUAAAGAAGGGCACGUUCAAUAUCAAGAGCGAGAGCAAUGUUGGAAAGAAACAUUUCAUAGACUUCCGAGAACCAAGUUGUACCUGCAACAUAUGGCACACUACCCAUUUGCCUUGCAAACAUUUUUUCGCAGUUUUUUCCUUCUAUGACGAGUGGGAUUUCGAAAGUCUUCCAGAAGACUACCGAAAUAGCGUUUUCAUCACUCUUGACAAUGAACCUCUUGGAUUGCCACAAGAUACUACGCCAGAAGAACUAGAGGAAGCCAAUACGUCAUCAUGGAGCACCAUCAAAAGAGACGUUGUUUUGCAAGAAUCGUUGUCUUCUGAUAACAAAAAAUAUAUCCACGACAUACCCCACGAAGAAACAGUUAAGUUUGAAACUACUUCAAACAAAAGUUCCAAAAGGCUGAGAAAGAUCUUGCAAGAACAACUGGGCCAAAUACACAGUAUGACCUUCCUGAUCGACAACGAGACCACUCUACAAGAAGCAGUGCAAAAAGCUGAAAGCUUGAAACAGUUUCUUGAACAAAACUUUCCCACAGAAAAUGGUUUGCCUCUUCGAUUGAGUCCUGUGAAAAAAAAAUUAAAGGUUACCGAGACAAAAUACCAUAAAAUCUUUCAUAAGGCUCUACCUCCCAGACGACGCAAGACAAAAAAGUCUACACCAUUUACAAUAGAUCUUACUAAUGUGGGCGAUGAAAUGGCACAAGUGUCCACUAAUGUGCAAAACCAGGAGAAUGAAAAAAGAAAUUCAAGCAGUGUUGACGUCUCAGCUGAGCACAAGGCAAAUCCACUGGAUCGCUUACUGAAUGCCUCUCUAAAUGGAAUUAAGUUAGGUGAUCAAAUGCUAGAAUUUGGACCAAACAAAGUGACUCUUUAGGAUUUAUGGACCCUCAUUCCACCAAAUGGGAUGACUAAAUAUGCUGCCACACUAAUUGAAAAUAAAACUGUGGCACCUGGAUGGCUUAGUGAUACAGUUAUCAACGCUUUCUUAUGGAAACUUUCAUGUGAAUAUCCUGGUGUCCUACCAGCAGAAUCAUAUGUAUGUCAGUUGGUGCAACGAGGAUCUAGUACAUGUCGACUGUGGGCAGAUCAAAAUUUCAUGGCAAUUGACAAAAUAAUAUUUCCUCUCAAUAUGUCUGGGAGCCAUUGAACACUUUUGGUAAUCGACAAAAAAAAGAGAUGGUAUACUACCUUGAUCCUAUGGAAGGUCAUGUAGAAGAAGUUAUCAGCGAAGCAACAGGAGUUGAACUUUCACAGUUUAUCAAAAGCAUUUGUGCCCUUGUUGAUCUAAAAAGUGGGUGGAACACAUCAACUUGGUCUAUUAUUCAGCCUUCACACUAUGUGCAAGAGGAUGGGUUUAACUGUGGAAUAAUUAUUUGCCUGUUUGACAUGAGAAAAGUGAGGCAGCACGUGACUUCAACGAUUAUGGGUUCUUGCUAUGAUGACAUUUAUGAGAGAAAUAGUUUGGUAUGCAAGAUUAGCAAGAUAGAUGAUGGUGAAGACUGGUUGGGAUGUGAUUCAUGUGGGCAGUACUUUCAUGCAAGUUGUCUGAAUGUUGACUUUGGACAAACUCUGACAGAGUACUUUGCUUGCCCAUAAUCAGACAUGACAAUUGUAUAAUAAUACAAAACAUAAAUUGUAAGAUUUAAAAGUGCCGAAUAAAAAAGACUUACCGAUUAGAA